UGUCUUACAACCACCUGACUCAUAUGUUAUCAGCCUAUACUCUGUCUCUUACUGAAUGAUGUGUUGCAAACCACCAUACUGUACAAUCUAUAUAGAAGCAAAUAAAUACUACUACUACUACUAGAAAAAGGGGUGGCAGCAUUUAUUCAGUUGUUCUACCUUACUAAUUACUCCCAGUGCCAGCAUUUGGUCCAACUUUCUUUUUCGGUGGUUGCAAUGAUGGAAAUACUACAUGAUGCAGAGCAGAGGGUCUAUAGCAAUUCGAGAGAUUAUCAAGACUAUGUUUAAUUUAAAACAACACUGAACAGAGCUAUUAAGGAAAUAAAACAUGCUAAAAUAUCAUUAGCAAAAAUUAGCAAAAAACAUUAAAAAAGAACCCAAAGCAUUACAAUAGAGCCUGUGCAGGACUUAGAUAGUAACAUUAUCCACAAUCAUUUUAAACUGCUAAUACGUUCAAUGAAUACUUUGCCUUGCUUUUUUUACACAUGAAUUAUUGACAGAGCUUCCUGACCUUUGCCAAAUGUAUUUUAAAAAUACAAAACGAGUCUAUUGAAAUAACAAUUGUCUUUAACAAACUGAAAGCAUUGUUUCCAAACAAGUCACAAGGCCCUGACAACAGUAUCCUUCUGUACUAAAAGAAAUGUCUCCAGAGCUGCGGUGAUGAUGCAACUUUGAGUUUUAGUAAGCAAUGUGCAGAAGCUGUAUCAAAAGCAAACAGAACCUUAGGUUUUGUCAAACAAACAUUUGCGAAACCAAGAAGAACUUUUGUGUAUUAUACAAAUCCCCAGUGAGACCUUGCGUUGAAUGCAGCAUACAAUUAUGAGGACCAUUCCUGCAAAAAGACAUUGACAACAGGAUGAUCUUAUCUUGUAAUGACUGCUUAAUCAGAUAUGGAAAUGUGCGUAUUUUGCAUAAGUUGGACAACAUUGCUAAAUUGCUUAAAAAUCUUUAAAACAUUGCUUACCAAUGUUUUAAAGACUGCUAUAAGAAGGCAAUAACUUUAAGAAUAACGUAAUAAUAACAUAUAAUAUUUCCUUGGUCAGUGUUGUUAAUUGUUUGAUGUGGCAAUGCUCAUCUCAUGCAUAUGAUAGACAGGGUAUAUUCCUCGAUAUUUGUUAGCCUAGCCAUGUAAAAUAUGCACAUCGAUCUAUCUAUCUAUAGUCUUGUUUUUGAACCAUGCAGGUUCACAUGCAUGAACAGGUUUUUAACAGGAAUAUCAGGGAAUUCCAUGAGAUGCGUGCGAUCGCACGCGCACGCGCCCACACAUGUGCAACAGCUAUUCAGGCGUGCCAUUCAUCGCACGCGCUAAUUACGCUCUUUACUUGCGUAAAAUAAAAAAAAUUAACGAAGGAAUUAUAAAAGUUGAUUUUCUACAGCGUAGUUAAUACAUUUUUUUUAAAAACGUUAAUUAAACGCAGUGUUUUUUUUCUGCCUGUGUGAAAUUAAAUGUAUGUUGAACAUUUUAUUUUAAAAUUCGUAAUUGUAUAAAAGAGCAUAACAUACUUGUUUUACUUUUAAAAAUCUAAAGAACAACUUUAAAUCUAGAAAUAACUUUAAACUAUUCCAAACAAGCCGUCUCCCAAAAGCUAGCAAACAAAACUUGAAACCUCAAUAAAUAAAAAAUGACUCCCAUUUUUACCAUUUUUAUAGAUAAUAGAUAACCUACGGAGAAAAUAUAACCCUGGGAACAAGGUUUGGGAUAAAUAGCACUACAAACAAAAUGGCAGACCAUUGCAGUAAGUGCAACGUGUGGCAUGUGUCAGCGUCUCUUCGUCCACUGUUUAAAUUUAAUUAUAUGGUAUUUAACCUAUUAUAAAUUACUUCCUACAACGAACCAAGGUGUUUUGUUAAUAUAUUUAGCACUUUUACACCACUUAAAGAACACUCACGGGACUGAUAAGCGUGAAAUAAACCAGGAAAAAAAUCGAAAAAACGCACACGCAAAUUUUCUAAAAUAUAUUUACGCGUGCGAUGUGUAGCACGCGUGUUGUUUUCUUCGUGGAAUUCCCUGAAUAUCAUGGCAUGUUUUACAGAGAAAUGGUGAUUCAGAAUUUAAUUCAUUACAAUUCCCCCCUUGCUUUGUUACAAAUGCAAUUUAAUACAACUGAUAUUGAGAUGCAUGGUUAGGUGCACAAAUGGCAUACACCCAUGUACCUAACUGGUUUGGAUGUGCACAAAGUACUCACCUAUGGACCAAGCAACCUAAGAGUUACACAAAAAUGUCCAUUUUAAAUUUUUAAAGCCCUUGGAUUGUGUCAAAUACGCUAAGUUAUACGAUCAGUACCACCAAUGAUAAAUGUCUUAUAUUUGCCAAAGGUGUCAUUGUCGUAUGGUAACAAUUUUUGUGGCCAUCUUGUUCUGCCAAACUUAAAACUUACUGCCAUUUGUAGAUCUAAUUAUAUGUAUUAAAUUAUGUGAUACUAGAAAAAGUGAAAUAAAUACAAAAACGGCCCAAAUCUUUGCAGGUUACAAAGAUGUAAUUUUUCAUUUUAAAGUUGACCAAUAAGAACUUUCAUUUUGUGAAUUUUCAGAGAUACUUUUAAAGUAGUAUUAUUAUUUUAUCACUAUUUUCAUUGUUAACCUCCUAAGUUCAGAAUUGUUGUUUGUAGAGUAAUAUCUGCAGAGAUAUUUAGGUUGAUAUCAUCUUACCUUAAAGUUUGAGCAAAAUCUGAGAGGUGGCUGUUUGUAAAGUGGGCAUGUGUGCUUCUAAUUUAGAUCCAGUAUGGAUUUGCAUUUUGUAUUGAAAAUCCACUUUAAAGAUUUCAAGUGCAAUUCUGGAAAUUAUGAUAUAUAUAUAUAAUGUAAUUAUGUAGUAAAUACUUAAAUUUUAUUGUGUUGAUCAGGAUGGUUUUUUGUACUAAUAUAUAUAUCUGCAUAGAGACACCAUUUUUUAAGGAGAAUAGGGUAGGGCUUGCGAAAAAAUAAUUUACAGUAUUAUUGUUUUAUUUUCCAUAUUAUAUUCAUACUUUAAAUAAAUUUUUUAGAAGAAGAAUUGUAUUUACACAUAGGAAAAAAGUACACCAUUGCUUCUAAAAGAAAGAACAAAUUAUAUAUGUGCCUUUUGUGUCAUGAGGACCUUCAUAUUGACAUUUUGUAUUUAUCUAGUGUUUUCAUUUUACAAAGAAAUUUUAGCUUCAAGUGGCGAUAAAGAUAUUUAUUUUCAGAUAUGUGUUGAAAAAUGUACUAGUUUCCGAAAUAAGGAGAAGGUUAUUCUAUCUUGGCAGUUGCAGGGGCUACUAUGGAAUCACAAAAGUGAUUGUGAGUAUGGCUGUAUGAUGAAUGUAACAAAGGAGAGAAUAAAAUUUAAUCAGCCAGUUCUACAGUAUUUUGGAAAAUGGCCCUUGACUCGUUUCUUUGGUAUUCAGGAGCCAGCCUCUGCUUUAUUUUCAUUUCUUCACUGCAUUGCACAGAUAUUUGGUUGGCUGCAAUACCAAAAAUUUGUAAACAAGAAUUACGAAUUUUACUCCUUAACCAAAAUGCAAUUUAAUAUUAAUAUGAUCGGCUGGAUUUGUGCAACAGUAUUCCAUACAAGAGAUUUCUAUUGGACAGAGAAAUUUGAUUAUUUUAGUGCAGCAGGUAUUAUUGCAUUAUCAAUAUAUACAUGUUUUGCCAGAAUUGCUGGAAAAACGAGUGAUGCCAAAGUCUAUCUUUUUGGAAUAAUUUUGUUAAUAAUAUUCUCUCACCAUAUAUACCAUAUGGCAUUUGUGCAUUUUGAUUAUGGGUAUAAUGCAAAAUUUUUAAUGGGUGUAGGAGCAAUCAACAUUAGCAUAUGGUUAAUCUGGUGUGCAAAGAAUUGGACUGAAAGACGAUAUGUUUGGAAGUGUGCGUUAACAAUGGGUGGAACCUUAGUUUUUGCUACUUUAGAAAUAAUAGAUUUCACGCCUAUAUGGUUUAUUUUUGAUGGUCAUUCAUUAUGGCAUAUGUUCACAAUACCAUUAUCAUAUAUGUGGUACCAGUUUUUAAUAGCAGAUGCAUUGUUUGAAACAAAAAAGAUUGCAAAACUUCCAUAACUUUUUAUCAUAUGUUUUUAUUUUUAUGUAGACAUAUUUUAUUAAUGAAUACUGAUUUUGA